AAACACGAGAAUUUCGAUAAAAAAAAUCGAAUUUGUACAGUCCAAAAAUGGCACCGAAUGAUUUAUUCUUGUUCCCGACUAUUAGAGAUUGUCUGCUUAGAAAACGGUUUUCUUUGCCCGAAGAAGCGUUAAAGUCCUUCGAAAAACAUGUUUUGGAAUUAUUUUUUUAUGACUGGAAAAGUGCUCGGAAGAUUACAUACCUUCCUUGAAGGCUCGAACGAUGGAAGAAAAAUUCAGACUAGGAUUUCACUCAAUUGUUGUUGCAUGUUUUACAAUAGCUUCCAUAUGGGCUCUAUUUUUGUGCGAUUUCGAAAAUGUUACAGAUGAUCGAGUGCUAGAUAUGCAAAAGUAUGGUGGUAGAUACUUCACAACUUGGAAUUUCCUAUUUCAACUGGUUUAUUUUUCCCUCGCACUGAGCGAAGAUUUUCUCUUGAUUUACACCCCUUGUGAAUCCUGUCUGAAGACUAUAUCGAAAUUUAAAGGCUACAUAUUCACUUCCUUCGUUGUACCGUAUACAACAUACGUUUUCGUGGUGUUCUGGUCAUUGUUCAAGUACGAUAGAGAAUUGGUGUUUCCAUCUGCCACCGACGAAGUAGUACCCUUGUGGUUCAAUCACAUGGUUCAUACGGUACCUCUCGUUUUCAUGGUUUUUGAAUUUUAUUUCACCGAGAGGAACGUUUUACCUGAUUGGCGAAGAAUUUUGGUUGGAUUUUCAAUUAUGACUGCAGCGUAUUUUACUAUAUUAUUCCACACCAAAUCAAAAACUGGUCGAUAUUUUUACGGCAUUUUCCAUUUACUAGCACCUUGGCAGAUCAUUAUAUUCAUCAUUUCCAGUUAUUUCCUGGCAUUAUUGGUCAUAAAAGGUGGAAUCUAUAUCCAACAACUGGUCCAAAUGAGUAAAAAUCCAGUAGUUUCAUGCAUAAGAAAAAUAUCUUGAUCUGUAUAUCUGACCUGACUUUUUUAACUACAUAUAUUAUCAUUGCAUAAUAAAAUCAACUUGCCAGAAUGA